GCACUGGCUCGCCGGCAAAAAGGCUCGGAGGAACCACAAACCCCAGAAGCCCUCGCGUCCACCCUUCUCCCUCCCCUCCUGGAGUCGGAGUGCUGUUUUUGUUGUUGGUGAAAGGUGAGGGAACAGCUGAUCCGUCUGUGGGGAGGGCAGACAUCUGGAGGGCAGAAUGGAAGAAUCAUCACUAAGCCGGGCACCAUCCCGGGGUGGAGUCAGCUUUCUGAACGUAGCCCGGACCUACAUUCCCAACACCAAGGUGGAGUGUCACUACACACUUCCCCCAGGCACCGUGCCCAGUGCCAGCGACUGGAUUGGCAUCUUCAAGGUGGAGGCUGCCUGCGUUCGGGAUUACCACACGUUUGUGUGGUCCUCGGUGCCUGAAGGUGUAACUGAUGGUUCCCCCAUCCACACCAGUGUCCAGUUCCAAGCCAGCUACCUGCCCAAACCGGGAGCCCAGCUCUACCAGUUCCGGUAUGUGAACCGCCAGGGCCGGGUGUGUGGGCAGAGCCCCCCUUUCCAGUUCCGCGAGCCCCGGCCCAUGGAUGAACUGGUGACCCUGGAGGAGACUGACGGGGGCUCUGACAUCCUGCUGGUUGUCCCCAAAGCAACUGUGCUGCAGAACCAGCUGGAUGAAAGCCAGCAAGAGAGGAAUGACCUGAUGCAGCUGAAGCUGCAGCUGGAGGGGCAGGUGACGGAGCUGAGGAGCCGAGUACAGGAGCUUGAGACGGCCCUGGCAACCGCCAGGCAGGAGCACGCGGAGCUUUCGGAGCAGUACAAGGGGCUUGCCCGGUCCCAUGGCGAGCUCACGGAAGAGAGGGACAUCCUGAGCCGGCAACAGGGAGACCACGUGGCCCGCAUCCUGGAGCUGGAAGAGGACAUCCAGACCAUCAGUGAGAAAGUGCUGACGAAGGAGGUGGAGCUGGACAGGGUUAGAGACGCGGUGAAGGCCCUGACUCGGGAACAAGAGAAGCUCCUUGGGCAGCUGAAGGAAGUCCAGGCAGACAAGGAGCAAAGCGAGGCCGAGCUCCAGAUGGCACAACAGGAGAACCGUCGCUUGAAUUUGGAGCUGCAGGAGGCCAAGGGCCGGCAGGAGGAGCAGAGCGCUCAGGCCCAGAGACUGAAGGACAAGGUGGCCCAGAUGAAGGACACUCUGGGCCAGGCCCAGCAGCGGGUGGCUGAGUUGGAGCCCCUGAAGGAGCAGCUUCGAGGGGCCCAGGAGCUUGCAGCCUCGAGCCAGCAGAAAGCCACCCUUCUUGGGGAGGAGCUGGCCAGCACAGCGGGAGCCAGGGACCGCACCAUAGCCGAGCUGCACCGCAGCCGCCUGGAAGUGGCCGGAGUCAACGGCAGGCUGGCCGAGCUCAGUCUGCACUUGAAGGAGGAGAAGAGCCAGUGGAGCAAGGAGCGAGCGGGGUUGCUGCAGAGUGUGGAGGCAGAGAAGGACAAGAUCCUGAAGCUGAGUGCGGAGAUACUGCGACUGGAAAAGGCAGUGCAGGAGGAGAAGACCCAGAACCAAGCGUUCAAGACUGAACUGGCCCGGGAAAAGGACUCUAGCCUGGUGCAGUUGUCAGAGAGUAAGCGGGAGCUGACGGAGCUGCGGUCGGCCCUGCGCGUGCUCCAGAAGGAGAAGGAGCAGCUUCAGGAGGAGAAGCAGGAACUGCUGGAGUACAUGAGAAAGCUGGAGGCCCGCCUGGAGAAGGUGGCAGACGAGAAGUGGAGUGAGGACCCUGCCACAGAGGACGAGGAGGCCGCUGCAGGCCUGAGCUGCCCGGUGGCUCUGUCAGACUCGGAGGACGAGUCUCCAGAAGACAUGAGGCUCCCGCCCUAUGGCCUGUGUGAGCGUGGAGACCCCGACUCCUCCCCUGCGGGGCCACGAGAGGCUUCUCCCCUGGUUGUCAUCAGCCAGCCAGCUCCCAUUGCUCCCCACCUCUCAGGGCCAGCCGAGGACAGUAGCUCUGACUCGGAGGCUGAAGAUGAGAAAUCAGUCUUGAUGGCAGCUGUGCAGAGUGGCGGUGAGGAGGCCAACCUGCUACUUCCGGAACUGGGCAGUGCCUUCUAUGACAUGGCCAGCACCAUCUUCCGAGGAGCCCAAAUUGCCCUGCAUCCCCUCUCUCCUGCCCCUACCCCUUCCCCUACCACCGGUGGCUUUGCGGUGGGUCCCUUGUCAGAGGCCGGCCCUGGGGGCCCUGCCACCCCCCCGUGGAAGGAGUGCCCCAUUUGUAAGGAGCGCUUCCCAGCUGAGAGCGAGAAGGAUGGCCUGGAGCACCACAUGGACGGACACUUCUUCUUCAGCACCCAGGACCCCUUCACCUUCGAGUGAUCCCCCUCCCCAGUACAUGCACAAGUACACACUUACACACACAUGCACACACUCAUGCAUCGCCCUACGCUUAGGUGUCACGCCUCUCUUCCCACAUGCUCAGCUCCAUGAUAUUCUGUUGCCAGAGAACCGCUCGUGUGUGGUUUCAUCCAAGCUCUCCAGCUUCACCCUCUCCUUCCUGGCUCUUCUGUCCAGGCAGCGACUCCUUCUUGGAAGCAGUGGCUGAGUUCACCCCCUGAAAGCGGUUUUGGAGGAACCAAGAUAGAGGAAGCCUUCUCCAGGGGGGUGGAAUCUCCCCCUCCUGGCCCUGGUUGCUCUGUCACUCACACCUGCCACUGUCCCCCCCCCACCACUGCACGCACACUCACACACUCACACACACUCUCCCAUGCCCCGAAGCCAGUUCCUGGGGCGCCACACCCUCCCUUGUUUGGGGUCCAUGUUUGUUUACCAGAGUUUUUUCUGGGGCCCCCCUUGAUAUCAUGACGUCUCCAGGUCAUUUCCGGUUCUGAGCUGCCCUGGUUCCUCCUUCCGUGCCCCACUGCCUUCUGCUCCCAUCCAGCCUUUCCCACACCAGUAGAUAUUAAGUUUGGAGGUUUCUUUUGUAUUUUGGAGGUUUUCUGUGAUCUAUCUCCUGUCCCUCUCUCCUACCCGCCCCCCACCCCCAGUCCUCACAUGGAAAUCAAUAAUGCAUUUGUGCCUUCUGUGAGAGAUGGGGGGACAAAUGGUCCCAGGUGUCCCCACUUCCCAGCCCUCCCUCCCUCCCUCCCUCUCCAGGUCCCCCCUCAGCAAUAAGAGCUUCCCUCCACCGUCUCCCUCCCCUCCCUGUAGUUGGACAAAUAUAUUUAUAUGAUAUGUAUAACUAUUCUAAUAAAAUGUGUUCUUAUCA